CUUUUCAAUCAACACACUAGUCAAAACAUUCUCACAAGUCCCGAAAAAGCCACCAUGUCUUGCUUCAAGAGCAAAUACCAAGAUGAGCUCAUUGCCAAUGCUGCAUACAUUGGGACCCCUGGAAAGGGUAUCCUUGCAGCUGAUGAAUCCACAGGCACCAUUGGAAAGCGUCUAUCCAGCAUCAAUGUGGAGAAUGUUGAAACAAACAGACGCAUUCUUCGUGAGCUUCUGUUCACUGCCCCUGGUUGUGCUGAAUGUCUCAGCGGUGUCAUCUUGUUUGAGGAAACCCUCUACCAAAAGACAGCAGCAGGAGUACCCUUCGUGGACGUGAUGAAGAAAGGAGGAAUGCUUCCGGGUAUAAAGGUGGACAAGGGCACCGUGGAGCUAGCCGGAACAAACGGCGAAACCACCACCCAAGGCUUGGACGACCUCGCCCAACGCUGCAAGAAGUACUACGAAGCGGGCGCGAGGUUCGCGAAAUGGAGGGCAGUUCUCAAGAUUGGUCCAACCGAGCCCUCACCACUGGCCAUCCACGAGAACGCGUACGGGCUGGCCCGUUACGCCGCCAUUUGCCAGGAGAACGGCCUGGUCCCCAUUGUGGAGCCGGAGAUCCUGUCGGACGGGCCGCACGACAUCGAGAAGUGCGCGGACGUGACCGAGCGCGUGCUGGCGGCGUGCUACAAGGCGCUGAGCGACCACCACGUGCUUCUUGAGGGGACGCUGCUAAAGCCCAACAUGGUGACUCCUGGGUCGGACGGUAAGCGCGUGGGGGCGGAGGUGAUUGCGGAGCACACGGUGAGGGCACUGUUGCGGACCGUGCCACCAGCGGUCCCGGCUAUCGUGUUCCUGUCGGGGGGUCAGAGCGAGGAGGAGGCGACGGUGAAUCUGAAUGCGAUGAACAUGCUGAAGGGUAAGAAGCCAUGGUCGUUGACAUUCUCGUACGGAAGGGCUCUGCAACAGAGCACGCUGAAAGCGUGGGGUGGGAAGGACGAGAACAUUCCGAAGGCACAGGAAGCGUUGCUGGUGAGGUGCAAGGCGAAUUCUCAGGCGACGCUGGGCACUUACAAGGGUGAUGCCAAGAGCGAUGGCGCCUCUGAGUCUCUUCACGUUAAGGAUUACAAGUACUGAGAGAGAUGGAGCGUUUCUUUCUUCUCUUCCAUGCACUCUGUUAGAUGGUUCUGUUUUGUAGGGUUUUCUGUGGACCACUCGGAAUAAUCAUGGCUUCUUCCUAUGUAUUUGGCCUCCUCGCCGUUUACUUUUUCAUUUUAUUUUUAAACUUUUUUUUCUUUUUUUUUUUAAUUCUUAAACUCCUUUUUUUCUUUUUUGUCAUAAAAUACCAAGAGAAAUAUACCUACUUAUCUGGGCAUUCUUUCUCCUCGCCUUUUACUCUGCUGUGUCUUGUUCUCAAUAAAUUGAAGAUGAGAAGAGGUUAAUCUUCUCUGUUUUUUGUGUGUA